AUGAAUAGCGACGACUCCAACAAUGCUUCGCCUACUUGCUCCGCCACCAACCAGUCUGAAACAAUGCAACUUCAGAUGGAAGAAACCCUUGAAGCACGAAUCAAGAGGCUUGGUGAUGAGCGACCACAGGCAUUCUCGAGCAACUGGCACGAAGCAGCUUUCGUCUACAGUAUCAUCAUGUCUCAGUUCAUGACCGAAUAUUUUGUUUCGGGCUUCACGCUCAUCCUCCCUACCUUGAUCAGACAACUGGAUAUCCCACAGGCGGUUGCUGUGUGGCCAGCCAGUGCGUUCUCCCUAGCGAUCGCCAGCACCCUGCUCAUUUUUGGCCGUCUGGGCGAUAUGUGGGCUGGAUUCCCUGUCUAUGUUGGAGGCCUCACUUGGCUCCUAGCGUGGAGCAUAGUCGGAGGUUUUAGCAUCAAUCCAAUCAUGCUCGAUAUUUGUCGGACCCUCCAGGGCCUUGGUUCUGCUGCUGCACUUCCAACAGGCAUCAUGCUCUUGGGGUCGCAGUAUCGUCCAGGUCCUCGCAAGAAUCUUGUCUUCGCGAUCUACGGCACAUCAGGCGUUCUCGGAUUCUUCGGGGGUAUUCUUCUUGCAGGUGUCGUUGGCGAAUUCUUGCAUUGGGGUCACUACUUCUGGAUAGGUGCAAUCUUGACUACAACCGCACUGAUAGCCUCCGUUUUCUCCAUUCCUCACGCACCUAUACGGCAAGGUCGCACACUUGGGGUUGAGAUGGACUAUAUCGGUGCGGCCUCUAUCGCAGCUGGACUUGUUCUCACUGUAUUCUCUAUCACCCAAUCCGCACAUGCUCCGCAGCGGUGGCGCACUCCAUACAUUCCCGUCUGCUUCGUUCUAGGCAUUGCGUCUCUCCUGUUUGCCGUUUACAUCGAAGUCAGGGUAGCAUCUCAACCUCUUCUACCCGCUUCGAUCCUGAUGAUUCCUUCAAUGGCCCCACUGCUUCUUUCUAUACUCAUUCUCUAUGGCUGCUGGAGGAUUUUCUCCGUAUAUGGGACACUGUUCUUCCAGAACAUAUGGUCCAUUUCACCUUUACAAAUAGCCGUUUGGUACUUACCUCUCGGUGUGGCGGGGAUAAUUCUUAGUGUCAUAGAGGGUUUCAUUCUGCACCUUGUUCCGGGACGGAUCUUAAUGAUAAUUGGCACCCUUGGCGCUUUGGCAUCACAACUUCUUCUUGCCAACGUUCCGCUCGAGGGCUGGAGUUACUGGGCGUGGAUAUUCCCUGCCACGAUAUGCAGCACGAUUAGUAUCGACCUUCCGACAAUCCUGAUGUCAGUGUUCAUCACAACGAAACUCCCAAAGACGCAACAAGGUUUAGCGGGAGGGUUGCUCAACUCUGUGUUGCAACUUGGAGUCGCGUUGACACUUGGGGUCACCGAUCUGAUACAGGUGACUACCAUGGAAAGACGUGGACUCGCGAGCAGUUACAAGUACACGUUCUGGUUUGGGGUUGCUGCAUCAGCCGGGAGUGUGGCACUAGUAUCGCUCUAG